AUGAAAAGUACUUAUACAAGUGCAAGAAUUCUGAGCCAGAAAUCUAACGUUCCUAUAAGGAUCCGAAAAUUGACUAGGAAAGACAAAGCAAAAGCUCUUAAGAAAGUAGCAAGUGCCUUCAAAUCAAAAAAUCCUUAUUUCAUGGUGGUCAUGCAGCCAUCUUUCGUUCAAGCAUAUGGCUCGAGAAUACCAGUCCACUUUAUUAAGAGAAACUAUAUUCAAAAUGGACAAUAUGUGAUGCUUAAAGUUGGUGAUCGAUCAUGGGAGGUGAGGUUUGUGUUUUCUGGAAAGGUACAAGGUUCAUUUUCUGCUAGUUCGGCUGCAUUUGCAAAGGAAAAUAAUCUCCAAGUAGGAGAUACUUGUGUCUUCUAG